AUGUUAACAACAUCACAAGCACGAAAUGAUCUUGAUAGUGCAAGAAAUUUACAUUCAGUUAAUGAACAAGAAGAAAAAGGUAAUAUUGAUGUCAAUACAACUGAUAAUCAAGUUGUUAUUUGGGGUACAGAUCUACAUGUUAAUGAAUUGCGUACUGCGCUUAAUGUUGAAGCAACAACUAUUCACGACGAACUACGUACUGUUUUCGGUGAUGAAGCUCCUUCUUAUCGAACAAUUGCAAGAUGGGCUCAAUGGCUUCGUGAAGGUCGAGAAGAAAUUGAAGAUGAAGAAUGA